AUGAUUGCCAGCUCUUGGUCGCUCCUGGUUAGACGCCUUGGCGGACAUCGCUUCAUUAUCAUUGCCAGUCUCGCCGGCUGCGUCAGCGCUGGAGGCCAGUUCGGCUUUCAGGGCUACGGCAAUCACUACGGUGACCCCUUGGUGACAUCUGCUGCAGGAGGGAGUUUUGCAGCUGCUGAGCCAUUCUACCCUCCGCAACCAUACAACUUCGGCUACGACAGCGUCGACGAGUUCGGCACGCAGACCUACCGCAAGGAGCAAGGCGAUGCCAGCAACGCUAAGAAAGGCUCGUACGGGUACCGAGAUGCGUUCGGCAUGUUCCGACGCGUCGACUACGUGGCCGACGCGCAUGGAUUCCGUGCAAACGUGCAGACCAACGAGCCUGGCACGGCGCCUGGACACAGCGCCGAUGCCGUGUUCGACGCCAAGCCCCGCGCCGCCUCCGCUGCCCUGAUCCAAGGAGCAGCCUCUGGUCACUACGCUCACAGCGCGCAUGCGCCUGCUGGCGCAGGCUUUGGAGGGUUUAGCGGGCCGCUACCCUGGGCUGGCUGA